AUGUUUAGAUUGAAUACUACUGGUUUGGUGACACUUCGCAGAAGUGCAUUGAGAUGUGCUCAAUAUAAUGCCAAUUCCGCUAAAUUAAGGUCGAAUAGAGGGUUUUCCACCUCUUUGAGUCAUUUACAAGCUAGAAUUGCAGAUGUUUCAUCUGCAGAGUACUCAAGAAUUUAUAAUCCAGAUGUUUCAAAUUUAAAUCGUCCCUUAGACACUUUUGAGAGACGUCACUUAGGUCCAACUCCAACAAAUGUUCAACGAAUGCUUGCUGAAAUGGGUUAUGCUGAUUUGGACACAUUUGUUAAAUCUGUUGUACCACCAAGUGUUCUACAAAAGAGAGAAUUGUUGAUAGACGCUCCUAGUAAAGGUUAUGGUGAACAAGAAGUUUUAAACAAAUUAGAAACAAUUGCCAAUAAAAACAAUUAUAAAGUUAAAAAUUAUAUUGGUAAAGGGUAUUAUGGUACUAUUUUACCUCCCGUCAUCCAAAGAAAUGUUUUAGAGUCCCCAGAAUGGUAUACUUCUUAUACUCCUUACCAGCCUGAAAUAUCACAAGGUAGAUUAGAAUCCUUAUUAAAUUUCCAAACAGUAGUAUCAGAAUUGACAGGUCUACCUGUAGCAAAUGCUUCUCUAUUAGAUGAAGGUACUGCUGCUGGUGAAGCAAUGCUAUUAUCCUUCAAUAACAGCAAGAAAAAGAAGACUAAAUAUGUAAUUGAUAAAGGUUUACACCCACAAACUAAGAGUGUAAUUUAUUCAAGAGCAAAUCCGUUCAAUAUCGAAGUUAUUGAAAUUGACUGUUUUGAUGUCGAAAAUUCAAUUAAAAUAUUAUCUGAUCCUAAAGUUUCAGGCUGUUUAGUGCAAUAUCCUUCCACUGAUGGUACUAUCUUACCUGGUUCAAUCUUGGAAAAAAUUUCUCAAACUGUUCAUGCUAACAAAGGUCUUUGUUCAGUUGCUUCAGAUUUAAUGGCAUUAACUCUAUUAAAACCACCAGCAGAAUUUGGGGCUGAUAUAGUAUUAGGAUCAACUCAAAGAUUUGGUGUACCACUAGGUUAUGGGGGUCCUCAUGCUGCCUUUUUCUCUGUCAUUGAUAAAUUAAACAGAAAAAUUCCAGGUAGAAUUGUAGGUGUAUCAGUUGAUCGUUUGGGCUCACCAGCAUUAAGAUUAGCAUUACAAACAAGAGAGCAACAUAUUAAGCGUGAAAAAGCUACUUCAAAUAUUUGUACCGCUCAAGCGCUAUUAGCCAAUAUCGCAGCAAAUUACUGUGUAUAUCAUGGUCCAGAAGGUUUGAAAAACAUUGCGAAGAGAAUCUAUGGUUUAACCACAAUCUUAGCCAAUGAAAUUAAGAGUGAUAAAUCUAGGGGUCAAUUGAUAAAUACCACUUGGUUUGACACCUUGUCAGUUAAGUUGAAUAACAAUUUGACCUCAAAGGACUUUUUGAAAGAAGCACUAGAAAAGUACAAUAUCAACUUAUUUGCUGUUGACGAAAAAACAGUCUCUUUAUCUAUCGAUGAAACAACUACUGUUAAGGAUGUAGAGGCUCUAACUAAAUUGUUCACCAGUGAGUCGAACACUUCAGUUGCUGAUUUCGUUUCAUCAAAAGCAGAAUUGGAGACUUUACCUAACGGAUUUGCUCGUAACGACAAAUUCCUGCAACAGGAUGUUUUUAACUUACACCAUAGUGAAACUGCGAUGUUAAGAUACUUGCACCGUUUACAAUCUCGUGAUUUGUCUUUAGCUAAUUCUAUGAUUCCAUUGGGUUCAUGUACCAUGAAGUUGAAUGCUACUGCAGAAAUGAUUCCAAUUACAUGGCCACAAUUUGCUAAUAUCCAUCCGUUCCAACCAGUUGACCAAGUUGAGGGUUACAAGGAAUUGAUGGAAGACUUCGAAAAAGAUUUGUGCACAAUUACAGGUUUUGAUGGUGUAUCUUUGCAACCAAAUUCUGGUGCUCAAGGUGAGUACACAGGUUUAAGAGUUAUCAAGGCAUAUUUAGAAGAUAUUGGAGAAGGUCACCGUGACAUUUGUCUAAUUCCUGUAUCAGCCCACGGUACCAAUCCAGCUUCUUCUGCUAUGGCCGGCUUAAAUGUCGUUCCAGUCAACUGUUUAGAAAACGGGUCAUUAGACUUAAAAGAUUUGAAGGAGAAAAGUGCUAAAUACAAGGAUAGAUUAGCCGCUGCCAUGAUUACAUACCCAUCUACAUAUGGUCUAUUUGAGGAAGGAAUUAAGGAAGCUAUCGAUAUCGUUCAUCAAAAUGGUGCUCAAGUUUAUCUAGAUGGUGCAAACAUGAAUGCCCAAGUAGGUUUAACGUCACCUGGUGAUUUAGGUGCCGAUGUCUGUCAUUUAAAUUGUCACAAGACUUUUGCGAUCCCACAUGGUGGUGGUGGUCCAGCAGGAGCUCCAAUUUGUGUUAAAAAGCAUUUGAUGCCAUUUUUACCAUCUCAUGAUGUGACUAAAAUGAUAACAAAUGUAGGUAGUGAAAAAUCAAUAAAAGCAGUUUCUUCCGGUCCAUAUGGUAAUGCUUUAGUUACUCCAAUAUCCUACGCUUACAUUAAAAUGAUGGGUAGUGAAGGUUUGCCAUUUUCUUCGGUUAUUGCUAUGUUGAAUGCUAAUUACAUGAUGACAAGAUUUAAGAGUCAUUACGAUAUAUUAUUUAUUAAUGAUGGCGAAGGUUUCAAACAUUGUGCUCAUGAAUUUAUUGUAGACUUAAGAAAGUAUAAGACGGACGGGAUUGAAGCAAUUGAUAUUGCCAAGAGAUUACAAGAUUAUGGUUUCCAUGCUCCUACACUAGCAUUCCCAGUGCCAGGCACUUUGAUGAUCGAACCUACUGAAUCUGAAAACUUGGAAGAAUUAGAUAGAUUUGUCGAUGCUAUGAUUUCAAUCAAAUCUGAAAUCGAUGCAUUCAUUGCUGGUAAACCAGAAGGUAUGGUAUUGAAGAAUGCUCCACAUUCAUUGGAAGAUCUAAUUUCAGGUGAAGAUUGGGAAACUAGAGGUUACACCCGUGAGCAAGCUGCUUAUCCAUUGCCAUAUCUAAAAUACAACAAGUUCUGGCCUCCAGUUGCUCGAUUGGACGAUACUUAUGGUGAUAUGAAUUUAAUGUGUACUUGUCCUUCUGUUGAAGAGGUGUCUAAGUCUCAAGCCAAAGAAUGA